UGGUUCCUCCACGUCGCUCUACUCCAAAAGUUUCCUUCCCCAUCAUCAUACCAUAACAUUAUACAACAAGUCCACAUUCACCGCUCCACCCUCUUCUCUCUCUCCCUUCUAUUCUAAGUUAUUGUGCUAUGAGCUUUAGAGAAACAAAACAUCUGAUCUUUCUUUUCACUUUGUCAUUAUUCAAAACCCAUCUGGCAAAUUCUUCUGUGGAUAGUUUAACUUCACUGCAUUGGCUGCUUCCAUAGCUUUUUUUAUUUUUAUUUUUUAUCUCAAACACCUAUUCUCUUUUUAGUAAAUCUUAUUUGAGACUCAAUCAAACACUAAAUGCAAACAUCUCUCUUAAAAGAGAUUUGAAUCUUGAUUCACUAGGUUAUCAGAAAGUAACAUUUUCUACUAGACUUAAUCUUAUUGAUUGCUACUUCCAUAUAGCUAGCUGCUGAGAGAGCCUCGUCACAAGGUCGGUCAAAGUCAAAGGCAAGCCAAUCAUCUUGUUUCACAGGAAGGAUUAAGAAGGGUACCUAGAUCAAAUUAAGCUAGAGAUAUAUAUAUACAUUCAAAUAUGAAUCCUCAUGGUCUAGUGAAGGAAGAGUUUCUUGGAGAAAGUUCUUCCUUUUGUGGUGGCUAUGAUCCGCAGCCAAUAAUGGUUGUUCCCCAACCAAUUGAGGGGCUUCAUGAAACUGGUCCUCCACCAUUCCUCACAAAAACAUACGACAUAGUUGAUGACCCUUCCACGAACCAUAUAGUUUCCUGGAGCACAGGGAACAACAGCUUCGUUGUGUGGGAUCCACAGGCCUUUUCGGUAACCCUUCUCCCCAAAUUCUUCAAGCACAACAAUUUCUCCAGUUUUGUCAGGCAACUCAACACCUAUGGGUUUAAAAAGGUUGAUCCAGAUAAGUGGGAGUUUGCUAAUGAGAUGUUUCUUAGAGGGCAAAGGAUUCUUCUGAAGAACAUUAGAAGGAGGAAAGCAAAUCAUCAUCAAUCCCAUCAGCACGCGAUGCAGCAAGGUGUAGAAGAGCCUUUUGUUGAGGUGGGGCAGUUUGAAUUAGAUGGAGAAAUUGAUCGGUUAAGGCGAGACAGGCAAGUUCUUAUGGUGGAGUUGGUGAAGCUCAGACAACAGCAACAAAGUACCAAAUCUCACCUCCAAGAAAUGGAAGGAAGGAUCAAAAUGACUGAACAGAAACAGAAACAAAUGAUGAAUUUCUUGGCCAGGGCAAUGCAGAAUCCAAAUUUCGUGCAACAAUUGGCUCAGCAAAAGGAGUGGAGAAAGGAGCUUGAGGAAGUUUUUUCCAACAAGAAGAGGAGGCCUAUUGAUCAAGGGCCUAAUGUUGUUGAAGUUGCCGAUGACGAUGAUGAGUUAUUAGGUUGUGCUGAAGAGUGUUCAGAUUUCGUUAAACUUGAACCGCAGGAAUAUUACAGUGAUGACAAGGUAUUAGAGUUUGAGGUACCUGACUUGGACCUUGCUUUGAAUCUCGAUGAGGAGAAUAUUGAAAGCCAGAAGAGAAUAAUGGAGGAAGAACAUGUUCAACUAGAAAAUAGUAGAGAGAGAUAUAUUGAUGAAGUGUUUUGGCAAGAUUUGCUCAAUGAGGGUAUAGAAGAUCAAGGUGUACUAGGUGUUGAAGAUGUAGAUGUAUUGGCCAAGCAACUAGGUUAUUUGGCCUAAAUAGGAGAUUAUCAAGGCUGUAUUUUCUAUUAUUCAUUGAACUAGCUGGGUGACAGUAUCUCCUUAUAAUUCCUUAGAUGUAUACUUUCUGACCAGUUUUUGUGUAGCCAGACUCAAUUUCUUGGCCCAAAUUUAAAGCACGUGGUUAUCAAGAAAUUAAUGGAGUGGUUGUUCUCCGUGCUCGAUGUCUCAAUUAGAGUCUAUUUCAAAGUUAACUUUAUAUCCGAAUUUCAAGGUAAUAUAUCUCAUGAUCAUGAAAAUUCUA